UGGCGGAAGUCUCGCUCUGCCAUGUUGAGCGCUUUGUUUCUGUGAGUGAGACGCGAUGAUGGAGCAGAGCUGGAGCUCUUUCUUAUUCCAGCAGGCUAAUGAAGCCCUUCACCACCAGCACCAGGUGGCCCCAAACAGCCUGCUGCCGCUGCUGAACUCUGAGCCACAGGACCAGAAGCCUGUGAUGCCCAUUCCCCUGGACCACAAACCCCCCGUCAGCGCUGCAGACCUCCUCAAAGACAAUGUCGUCAGCGGGACAGGUGGAGGAGGUGGUGGCGGCAAUGCUGGUCCAAUGGUUGUAGUCAAAAAAGAGCACAAAAGCAAAACGCCCUUCAUCUGCGGCUACUGCAACAAGGCCUUCCGCGACAGCUACCACCUCCGCAGACACGAGUCCUGCCACACCGGCAUCAAAAUGGUAUCCAGACCCAAAAAAACGGCACAGGCGGCGCCCACAAUGGUCCCGCUCAUUUCCAGCAUGUCUCGUGAAAGCACCGGCGACCCUUCGUACAUCUCCACUGUUGCUGGAAUCCUUUCGACAGCCACUACUUCAACUUCCUCUGCUUCGACUGUCAUGUCACCAACGUCCAUGUCUAACGUGACUCAGCACAGCGCCCCCAAGAAACCACCCAAGCCCGUCAAGAAGAACCAUGGCUGUGAAAUGUGCGGCAAGGCCUUCCGGGACGUUUAUCAUCUGAACAGGCACAAGCUGUCGCACUCGGACGAAAAGCCCUUCGAGUGUCCGAUCUGCCAGCAGCGCUUCAAGAGGAAAGACCGCAUGACGUAUCACGUACGCUCGCAUGAUGGAGGUGUCCACAAACCUUACGUAUGUUCGGUCUGCGGAAAGGGAUUCUCCAGACCCGACCACCUCAGCUGCCACGUGAAGCAUGUUCAUUCCUCAGAGAGACCUUUCAAAUGUCAAGUAACGGCCUGCACAUCAGCCUUUGCCACCAAAGACAGACUUCGGUCACAUAUGAUUCGGCACGAGGGGAAAGUCACUUGCAACGUGUGUGGAAAGAUGCUGAGCGCCGCCUACAUCACCAGCCACUUAAAAACACACGGCCAGAGCAACUUCAACAACGCCUGUAACAAAGGUUAUGCCCUUUCAGUCCAUGGAGCAAGGCAUUCUGGAGAUUGGCAGUGGAACCACUCAGGGCUCCGAAAAGACAACACUGAAGUCUGCAACUCUGCCUCCAGCACGCCGGUCACGCCUGCAGCCCCCAUCACCUCUACAAUGAACCGUGGAAACACCAGCAACCCCGUAACCAUCGCAGCCCAGAUGAACAUUUCCACCAACACCGUCAACAUCACGUCACCAGUCAGCCUGCAGCACCAAGUUACCAUCACCGGCCCUGUAAACAUCGCCUCUGUCAACAUCCCAGCCUCAGCGCCCAUGAACAUCGCCCAUCCGGUGGCCAUCACCACGCCAAUGCCUAUGAACAUCGCCACCCCGCUCAACAUCGCCAUGAGACCUAUGGACAGCAUGCCGUUUCUGUCUCAAGUCCUGCCGUCUUCUCCGUGGUAGACCCGAAGCCCUGACCAGCCUUUUUGCCCUGACGUCUGUGCAAAUGACGCCUGUGUGGUGCUAACAAAACCUCACGGCUACAUUCCAACACUAGUGGAAGAUUUGCAUGGGUCGAUCAAACUUUCUCUGGCCUUCAAAAAUGUUUGCAUUUUGCCCACCAGGCAAGCAGCUCUAUAGCUGGGCGUUUCGCAAGCUCCUCUGAGCACUUCAAAUCCAGAUGAUGGACGUUUUUAAAGACAAAUGCAAUAAUAGAUGUGCAUUUAAAACUUUUUUUUUUCUUUUUAAAUGAGCAGAGUGCCAGCGGGAUCUUCGAUGAAUUUGAAGUUCAACCUGCUAAUCAGUAUUUUAAGGAAUCUCGUUUAAAAUGGACUGUUGCUUCCAUUGAGAGCGAGGAUGUUGUUGUUAUUUUACUUUUGUGCAGGGGUGUGAGUGCAUGAGUGUAUACGUGUGGCUACUUUUAAAGAGGAACUUUUUUUUCUUUCUUUUUUAAUAGUGUUCGGCAGGACACCGUUUACAACUAUUUAGUUUUUGCAAGGGGAGGGCAGCUUUGCUCUCUUAUUGUUUACGUUGCCAUUGUUAGCUGUUGCAUGUUUUCUUUUGCAUACAAAAGAAAAUGUUUGGAAGAAAGAAGGUGAGUCUUGCACUGAACGCAUAUCCCUAGUUUAAAGACACAGUAUUAUCUAAAUAUGACCUUUGUGGUAAUAUGGCUCUGUCCCAAAUGGUGCACUUAAUCCUGUGAUCUUGUGGCCUCCAUGAAGACCGCAGACUGUCCUGUUUGUCAUUUUAUGGUUGACAAAGGUGCUCAAGAGCAGCCCCUUUGCUGCAGACCUCAUAGCCGACUACUGUCCAACAAUUAGUGGAGUGUUACUUUACCAAAGGCCCAAUCUCAGAUGGCACACUUCAUGUGCUCUUGCAGUCUUCUGAACCUACAUUGGCUGCAGUGUGUGUGUGUGUGUGUGUGUGUGCGUGCGUGCGUGCGUGUGUGCGUGUGUGCGUGUGUCCGUGCGUGCGUGCGUGCGUGCGUGUGUGCGUAAAAUCAAACCAUUCAAGAGCCCCUUCUGGUGCAGACUUCAAAGUCAAUACUAAUGAACAGUUCAUGAAGUGACCCAAUCCCAAAUGGCACAUUUCUUGUGCAAUGGCGUCUUAUGGACUUAAAUUGCUCACCAAAUCCUGGAGGGCCACUGUCCUGCACAUUUUGGUUCCAAGUCUAGUUAAAAACACCCAAAUCAAGAAAUUGCAUACUUCCAUACUAUAUAGUACGCUAAAACAGUAUGCGAGCCGUGUAGUAUGUACAAAUUCAUAAAAUUCUUAACACAGUAGGCGAGAAGUUCUCGGAUGACCUACUACUUCUGCCAAGAUUCUAAAAUUCCCACCUGAUAGACGCUACACUAUUCCAUGAUGCCACCUGAGGGAAUUCAUGAAUGGGAGUGAAGCGGCACAUCUGACCUGGGUAGGUCAUGUGAUAACAAAAAAUGGCAAAUGUAAUUCAUACUAUAUAGAAUAGGGAUUCUCAAUCUCUGUCCUGGAGGUCCGGUGUCCUGCAAAUUUAGCUCUAAUCCCAAUCAGACACACCUUGGCCAGCUAGGCAAGCUCUUACUAUGCUUUCUAAAAACAUCCUUGCAGAAGUGUUGAAGCAAGUUGGAGCUAAAAUCUGCAGGACACCGGACCUCUAGGACUGAGUUUAAGAAGCCCUGGCAUAGAAUAUAAUUUUCGUUGUAUAGUAAUUUGAAUUCAUAUGUAGUACCUACUGAGUAGUAGGCGAAUUCGGACAUGGGCAAGGUCCCAAGCUCUUGUGCUAGAAAUUUCCAGGUAGAUAUAUUGUGAAAAGUUCAAGCUACACUCUAUAGGAGAAGGGUUUUUCAGAACAAAGUUUGGACUGAUCUAUAGUGUCCCAUUUAUCAUUUUUACUUUUAGAAGGUUUCAAAUGAAGUGCCCUGUUUAAUGCACACUUCAUAGCAGACUGCUACUCAACACUCUGAUGAGCAUUACUCAACCAAAGGUCUGAUCCCGAAUUGCCAACAUGUGUGCGCUUACAUUCUUGCUGACUUACAGUGGUCAGACGUGGGGAUGUUUAAAGUCUUGUGAAAUCAAAAUUUACAAUGUUCAUUUUGCUGCCGCACAUUGUUUUUGUUUAGGUGAACAAUUUAUGAAAGUUAAUACACUGAAAAAAAGUUGUUUUGGUAAUCUUAAAUCAAAGUCUGACCAUUCACUUUCUAUGUGGAGUGGCACUCCUCUGAUGAUGUCAGUUUGACACUUCAGCCAGAAUAUUCUUAACCACGCCCCUCUUUCCAUUGGUUUACUACGAGGGAAUGUGCAAAAAGAAGCCCCACCCCCUACUCAGUAUUCUAUUUCAGUUGGAAGUACGUGAACUGAAUUCUUAGCAACUUCCAAAUUCCAAAAAUUAUCAACAUUGGAAGUGGAUUAGAAACUGGCUGUUGUUGAAUAGUUUUAAGACAACAUUGAUGAAAGGUUUUGAUCCAUUUCAGAUGUUGACUACUGUAGUCCUUCUCCUAGUGGGCCACUCUCCUGCACAUUUUAGAUCGAAACCUAACACCUGAACUAGGUAAACAAGGUCUUACUUGACAUGUUAAAAAGUCUAGGCAGGUGUAUUGAGUCAAGUUUUAAACUCUUCAGGACAAUUGCUUUCCAGUACUGUUUGGACGCCUCUGUCAUAGAGGGUCCCAUUCAUCAUUUUAACAUUCUGAAGGAUACUUGCAAGUGGCAAAUUUGGUACUGUCUUUUACUACUUUACAGACUCUAGAGAAUUACUUGACCGAAGGCCCAGUAGGCAGCACACUUAAUGUGCCCUUGCAGUCUUUACAUUGCAUUUAUCCUAAAAAACAUGGAGCAGGGGUAUCCAAAAGUUUCCUUGUGUGCAUGUGAAGUUCAUUAAUUUGUAGGACAGCGAUGCCCAAUUCUGUUUCUAGAGAUCUACUUGCCUGCAGAGUUCAGCUGCAACCUCGAUCAAACACAUCUGUCUUUAAUUACAAAGUGCUCCUACUUAGUUGGUUUAAUUGUGUUUGAUAAGGGUUGGAGCUAAACUCUGCAGGAAGGUAGAUCUCCAGGAACAGGAAUGGGCGCCCCUGCUGUAGGAUGUCCUGUCCCACACUGAAGGGCACUUGUCUAUCUUGGUGCAGACUCUAUAAUCAGUACUACUUAAGAGCAUUCUACUCGGUGGAGCAUUACUUUACCUAAGACCCAAUCCCAAAUAGCACAUUCAAUCUGCACCUGCAGUAUUAGGUACUUGGUCGCCAAAUGUGCAUGUCCACUAAGUCCAUAAGGUUGUAAAGCCGGGAUUUUUUAGACCACUAAACAUAAAUUAGCAUAAAACAACACCUUAGCUAGCUAAACAAGGCCUUAUUAGGCCUAUGCCUACUAGGCUAUAAUCUUCUAGGCAAGUUUGAGGUGGCCCUUCAGGACUUAGUUUGUUUGAAGUUUUUAGAAGGGUGCUUGCAAGUGCCCUUGUGUGCAUGUUACAUCUACAAACCUCUAGGACAGGGGUGUCUUGCAUAGUUUAGUUCUAACUUCCUUCAACACACUUGCCUAGAAAUUUCUAGUAUACCUAGAAAGAGCUUGAUUAGCUGGUUCGGGUGUAUCUAAUAGGGGUUGGAACUAAACUUUGCAGGACACCGGCCCUUCAGGACUGACUUUGGACACCAUUGUUCUAGGGCAAUGGUCUUGGCUUAAAAUACUCCCUCCUAAACAUUAGGAUCCAAAAGGUUCCAUGGAUGUAAAGGGAUGUUUUUGGAACCAUUGAAUCAAUGGUCUCAAACUCAAUUCCUGGAGGGCUACAGCUCUGCACAGUUCAUCUCCAACCACCUCCAACUCCACCUGUAGUCUCUAGUAGUCUUGAACACCUUGAUUAGGUGGAUCAGUUUGAUUAGAGUUUAAGCCAAACUUUGCAGAGCUGCGGCCCUUCAGGAAUCAAGUUUGAGACCUAUGCUCCUUAUAUUCAAAGGUUGGUUAUGAGUGGCCAAGCCAGGCAAGCUUCUACCUCACCGUCAACACAGCAUUACAUCGCAAAAGUGUAGACAUGGUGGUAAGGGUUUAGGUUGCCAUUUAGGAUUGGGCUGGGAUGGCAAAGUGUGUCAUCUUGUUCAAGGUUUAUGAGCUAUAAACAAACAGAUAAAUGGCUCACUUAAAACAGUGCCAUCUAGUGGUUGGAGUCCCACAUUGACACCGUUUAAGUUCUUAUUCAAACUUGAGUUUGUCUUUAAACCCAUUUUCUAAUCUCUUUUUCAUCUAUUUCUUAAUGUUUGGCAUAGGAAAUGGGCUGAGCAUAGGAAAUGAACAAGAAUAAUUUCAGGAUAUUGUUUCGGAAUUAUUCCUGUUUGUUUGUAAAUAGUUAGAUUUUUAUUUGUUUUGAUUUAGAUUUCUAGGUUUUUUCACGUUUAUUUUUGUAUAUUUAUUUGAUUACUUUUUUACAUGUUAUUUUCAAAGCAGUGCCAUCCUGCUUAUUUUAUUUGGUUCCUGUUAUUAAUAUCAAGUUUUCUCCAUUUGGUUUGGACUCUGUAGGUGAUAGUAUUUACCUGUAGCUAAAGCCCAGAAGCACCGUUUAGAAUCUGAAAUAAUGAAGAAUGUUUACAGGCCGCCUCUGGAUAUUCCUACACUGCGGCGGGUGCUCACAUGCUGAUCUGUUUUGACUAAAGAGUGUGAUAAUCGUGAGAUAAUAACAAUUAUUACUGAACAGUAUAACUGAGUAAGCUGUCAUUCACUACACAAAUCUUCCGCCAAUGUGAUUGAAUUCGGUACGUUGUGUCAGCCGCUUCCUCUACACGCAGAGCCAGAGAGAAGAGACUGCUGUCGUGAAAUAAAAAACACUAAAUAUUUGAUUUGUAUGCAAUUUUUGCCUGUGAAGUGACGAUCAGGAGUGUCUGAAUGGAUGCCGUCCACCCCAGCACUGAGUCUCAGGAUAGGGGAAACUUUCAGACACAAUGAAUCCCUGAUCCACGUGUGUAUAUUUGUGUGAGGCGUUUGAUUCGUCCACCACACUAGAACAAACUAAAGCAUGUUUCCAUAGUUUAGUUAAUGGGAAAGUGCGAAUGUGUGCAUCUUUCGGUAGGUGCAUUACGGAUGGGAUGCCUCUUUUAUUUGCCAAAUUCAAAACCAAUUAUGAAAUCCAAUGAAGUGAAGAUUUUGCGACUAAUGUUGCUUUGAUUCAGUCGAUGAACUGGAUGACUUUCAGAGCCCCUGUGAAAGCGGUUGAAUGUAUAUGUUUGUACAGAAGUUGUUUAGCUCGGAGGAUCUUAGAGUACAGAUAGAAAUGUGAGCAAAGAGAAGCAAAAUAACCUUUUAUAAAACUUUUGUAUUAGUACAUUAACAAUGGUAAUUUUGUAUAUAUGAAGACUAGGCUUUCUGAGUAGCAGAAAGGAAAACAUUCCUACAUUUUUUGUAAAUGUAAGUUUGUCAGAAAUAAUUAUGUAAACAUGCGCAAUGUUUUAUGUGCCUUUUAUUUGGGUUGUCUGAAUAAAAAACUGUAAAACAUA